UCUGGAUCCCGAACCACCACUUGAACCGCCCAAAGCCUGCCACGGACCCCCCGCGAUCCCCGGCCAAUUGAUCCUGUCGGUGCUGCUCUCCGACUGCCUGCUUGUUAUUCGCAGAUUCUGCACCGGCUCUCACGAUGGGCAGAUAUAACCUCGCGGCCCUCCGGGUUCGCAAACUCGCUGUGGCAGAGCAGCUCGCUUCAAAGCGUAGUGCUGUUACAGAUCCCCCCCGCUGGCUGGAUGUAAUGCACGACGUCCCUCCGGCCCAGGUUCUUGUGCGGAAUCAGCCCCAACAACACCAACUGGUUCGCCAGCGUCUGAAAACCAUCCCCGGUGCAUCGAAGCCGCAGGCCGUCUUCGAAGUCCAGGAGAAACGCGUCAAGCCGAAGAAGGCAAGCCGCAUGUUCAUGCCUGUUGAAAUCAAGUACGAGGAAGAUCAGCUGCGCAAGGAAUUCUUCCGCGACCACCCCUGGGAAUUGGCACGACCCCGAAUCCUCGUCGAAAAGUCCGGCAAGGAUUUUGAAAGAUAUAACUGGAGCCGGCUCCAGCAACCGGGAAAGAGUCUGGAUGGUGAGAGUGUUGUUCAGCGACAGCUCUGGCUCCUUAAUAAUGUCCCCGAUAUGACCAAGAGCGCCGCCUAUGAUAUUGCACGCCGCGAGUUUUACCGCCUCCGUCUACAGGAAGACAUUGAGCGACGUGUUGCUGCCGAAGAGGCCGAAGCUACUGGUGCGGUGUUCGGACCGACACGCCUAGAAAUCGGUAUGGAGCUCGAGAACCGGGAGUAUGAGCGUUGGAAACAGUGGGCCAAGACAGAAGCCCAACUUUCAGACCAGAGAUUGGCUGCAUUCCUUGGGAAUCCGGAAGUCCAGGCUGCUGCUGCUGCUGAGGAACCAGAACAAGCCUUGGAAGAUGGUGUCGUGGACAAGGCUGGACAAGCAGCGUGAACCCGGGGCAGCUGUCCUUGUUAGGAGUUUAGUAUAGUCAACCCCGGAAGAGAGGGGCUUUGCCAGACUCUCUUAUGGCUUAUGUACACUACUGGAUUGUCUUCAUUUUCUUCUUGGGUUGCUCUCUGUUGUUUGUUCUGUGUUUCUUUAUAUCCUGGUUGUGAAUAAGAUCCUUGGGUCAUAUGUAUAGAUUUGUUACUAUGUUAGCAUCCGCUAUGCUGACUAGCCAAGUGCAG